GUGUCCAGGCGAGUCUAAAGCAACGGUUUCCCGCCCUCACUACACCAGGCAAAACGCCAAAGCCAUCAGGCAGUCAUACGCCUACCGUCAGCUGAGGAGUUACACAGCAGUCUCAUUUCUAAUUAUACACCCAACAGCAGUGAGCUACACAGAGAGAGGGAGAGAAUGUGUGGAAUAUGCAGAGAGGAAGAGAAGGGUGAUUACAAAUGGAAGAGAGGCUGAGAGUGCCACUCAACAGCAAACACAGGGUGAACAACUUCAGCUGUCAGAGAGAGACAGAGAGAGAAAGAAAGAGAGGAAGAGGGAGAGACAUCAAACCUGUCUGAGAAAGGUUAACAGGACCGACUGACUGACUGAGGAGAGUGGGAGUGUAAAAUGUAAACGUGAGUAGGAGGGAAGAGAGAGAGAAAGAGGAGGAGGAGAAGAGAAGAGAAAAGGAGGAGAGUGUGUCUGAUACUGUUGCACUUGUCUGGAUGCUUCUGCUCAUUCUGGUCUGUUUUGCCUUUUCACCUGCAGCCUGGGAGGACGACACAAGCCUGACAGGUGUGUGUGGAGCGUCUGGCUCCAUUUCGUGAACAUGGAUCGACAAGCUGUGUGAAAAUGGAUGCAGAGAGAGAUGGAUGGACAGAUGGAUGGAUGGAGGAACAUAUUGUGAUGACCUUGGAUCUGCACCACUUGCCAAAAGACUAAUGGAAUCCAUGUCACACGAGCACAACAACACCUCAUCUUCUGUAGGGGCCAUUCAGUGCCAGUGUGAGUGUCAGGCAACGUGACCCAAUGAGCUUCAACCUGGCUCUAGUCCCAGACAGGGACAGUCUCCCUCUCAAAAAGAGGGACCAAAGACCAAGCUCACCACUGCAGGAGCAGCAGCAGCAGCAACAGUGUGUUGCUGCAACGUUCAAGGCGCCUUACCCUUAUAAGAGCCACAGUGAGAUUAAAACAAAACACACAGGGCCUUUUCAGCCAGUGCCAAGACGAGUUCCUGCGCUCUACCAACCAUGGACGCAGACUCAUCCAUCCACCAGGUCUAAACCUCACAUGCUAUCCGCCUUUAGAGAGCAUCAUGGCUGGGCAGAGUGGAGGGAGUUUAACCCCCUACACCCUGGAUGGGACUUCCCCCACCAUUAUCAGCACCACUUCUCUGACACACCUGCACUCUAUCCUGGCCAUCCACACCACUACUCCAGAUUCAACCCUAUCCCUCUGGUCCCUGAGGGUUUCCACAGGGUUGGUGGAGAGUACGGCUGGGAGCAGCUGAAGACAUUAAAGGACAGGAGUUUGAAUGCAGAGAGGUGGAGCGAUGGCAAGACUAAAGGACCACAUGAGAGGAGAAGAAACAGAAAAGUUGAGUAUUUUCCCAGGGUUGGAAAAGUAAGUCCUCCAUCAUUGUGCACACGUCUACCUCAGUCUCCACAAGAGGGCCAUAUACUGCAACAUGAUCUGCUGCACAAAUCCACAAAGGUUGUGAAAUAUCCUGUUUCUCCUGGCGAUAACUCAGAUAGCACGUACACCUCCAUAAAUCCUCCUGCUCACCCCACCUCUGAGCAUGGUUCUUCCUCCUCUUCCUCUCCCAAUCGUUUUCCCUGGCUGCUCCCUCACUUUGCAGCAGGCUCUCUGAUCGAGCUCAUAGACGGGCGGCUGAGACAGGUGGAGCACCUGCAGACAGAAGACUUCCUGCUUGGCUCACUGGCCUGCCCAGACCUGCGCUUAAGCUAUUGCACAGUGCAGAGCAUCUUUCCUUCAGUAUCCUCCUCCUCCAUUUCACGCCUCCUCAUCCUGCUGCACGACCCGCAGUCUCAGGAGUUGGUGGAUGUCUAUGUGGAGUAUCCAUUCUUUGUGCGUGGGCAGGGCUGGUCCUCCUGCAACCCUCAGAGGACUGCCCGUCUGUGUGGCCUGCAGUGCCGCCAGCUCAGUGUGGGGGAUGUCUGCCUGGCUCUCACUCCCAUCUCAGCACCACAGCCUCCAUCAUCAGCCACCCCGGAGCCUAAAUCCUCACUCUGGAAGUCAAGGGGAGGGCAUGAGUCCCUAGAGGUACCACACCCACAGCCCCCUGCUGGACCACAGUGGCCAGCUCUGGAGCAGAAGAGGGAGGCCACGGCAGUCCGGAGGAGACACUAUUCAGCUCCUGAGCUGAGACAUCCAGGAAUUAAUUGCAUGCAGUGAUAAGGGUCACUGGUUUAUGGGCAGGGAGCAAAUCAAUCUCUUUUCUGCUCUGCUAUAUUCAGUUUGUAUUUGGUGUCUUUUCUACCUCCUGAGUCAUAUGUUUGUGCUUCAGUGUCUUUCUUAAGUAUGUCUAAGGAAAAGCUAAACAGGAAAGAAAAGCUUGACUCUCAGCAUCCCCCAGAGCAGGUAUUCGCACAUAUUUGUCAAGGUAAAUCAGGGAUCACACACUAACUAUGUGCGUCUAAUCAGAGUUAAACAUCAUAUCUUCUGUGAGCCUGACCACAGAAAUAAACUUUAUCCAUGUGAGAGAACUCAGGCUUUUUUGUGACACAGUGGAAAACAAAAGUGUAAAUUGAUGUUGCUACAGGCAACCGCUUCAGUGACAGUGAGUUCAUAGGCUCAGAGAAUAAUGUUAUAGUUCAUAUUAUUUCAAGCAGUUCUGUCAGACUCAGUCCACAUUUCUUAUAAAGCACAUACAAAUACUGCCUCAGGUCUUUUACUGCUGAUGAUACUGGGUUAAUGGUUACCUCUCUUCUGCCUGAUAUUCAUGAUCACGACAGCUUUCCUGCCAGAUUACUACAAAACACCUAAAAACAGAAACCUUAUCAUAUUUCUGACUUUGAGAUGAGAUUUCACAUUGACAAUCACCACCAUUUUGAAUCAGUAGAGUUUAGUGUGACGCUUCUACCUCUGUUUUCUAUUUACAAGGACAGAUAUUGUGUUUUUAUAGUGUGGGCUGUGUUGUAAUAUGCUUUGCUGGAAGCUUUCAGCUUCUCUGUGAAUACCAAUGUGAAUGCCUUUAUUUGCCUGGUUGUUAUAUCCGCACAUUAUAUACAGUAUGUGCUUUGCUUUUUGUACUAAUGCAUAUUUUGAAUGUCUGUGCCACUGUUAGCAGUGGAGAUGCUCAUACUAUGCUAAACAGUUUAAGGCCCAAUCAGUAAUUAGUGUACAGCGUCACGUGUCAGCACUAUGAUUUAAUUUUCCGCUGAGUAUACACAGUUCACACAUAAUCAAACGAGUGGGACAAAACUGGAAUAUGAACUAUGUAGACUCAACUAUGAUGUCGCAGUUAAGACAGACAGGCUGUUGUACAACUGACCACAGACUGGGUCUUUAACUUGUGAACCUGUUUUCUCAAUGUUAAAUAAAUGUGUUACGUGUAAAAUUCCCUGUAUAAUUUCAUUAGUUUGAUCUUAAAACAUAAUAAACUCUUGAUUACUAGGUGACAAAACACCACAAGGUCCAUUUAGAAGCAGUUUUGAAUCACACAGCACAGUCUUCUUUGGUAUAUGGAGAAAAAUGAAACUCUGAAUGUGGAAUUUCCUCAGUAAGCUAGAGAUUG